GCGGGUGCUGCUGGUGCUGAAGCUGAGCGGACAAAUACACCGAAUAUAAUGUGUUUUCAGCGCGUGAAGUGAAGCUGUAGAUCACCAUUAUCUGAUCUGAUCUUCAUCUCCAGCAGACUCUCAGGACAGAACCUCAGGAUGCGUCUGAACUCGAGUCGCUGUCGACUGAAAGAUCGAGGCAGCGGUGCUCUGGCUCGCCCUGAAUUUCUGUCCCUGAAUGUCCUGCCGCAAAACAGCAGAGGAUCCAGAAGAGCGGGUCAGAAUAAAGGCCCACAGAGCCCACAGACCCCCCCGAGCGAGGGCUCGCCAGACACAGCAGAGCGCAGGGAUGCAGGGCGACUGCCGGAUGAGGACUGUAUGCUGCUCAACCCGUCCUUCAGAGGCAUCGCCAUCAGCUCGCUGCUGGCCAUCGACAUCUGCCUGUCCAAGCGUCUGGGCGUCUGCCGGCACGGCUCCUCCUCCUGGGGCAGCAGCCGAUCCGUGGUCUCCCUGCUGGCGCUGACAGGACACGGCCUCACCUGGGUCUGCGGGACGCUGCUGUGUCUCUGUCAGAGCAGCACACCAGCGGGACAGGAGGUCCUGAUCAACCUGCUGAUGGGUCUGGUUCUGGAUGUGCUGACGGUGGCGGGGGUCCAGAAGCUAGUGCAGCGCAGAGGCCCUUGGGACAUCAGCCCUGGGCUCCUGGACUGUGUGGCUCUGGACAGAUACUCGUUCCCGGCGGGUCACGCCAGCAGGGCGGCGCUGGUGUCCCGGUUCCUGCUGUCCCACCUGGUGCUGGCGGUGCCACUCCGGGUCCUGCUGGUGCUAUGGGCCGCGCUGGUGGGUCUGUCCCGGGUUCUGCUGGGUCAGCAUCACCUUACAGACGUGGCAGCUGGGUUUGCAUUGGGAUUCCUUCACUUCAGUCUGAUGGAGACGGUGUGGCUCUCCUCCAGCACCUGUCAGACACUCAUCUCCAUCGGCACCUUCAGCUGGGCCUCCAUUCGCUAGAGCGUCAACAACACUGUGUUUACAGCAGCGUGUCUCAAUCCCAGUUCUCACGGGAAAUAAACUCAUGGAAUGUCCGCUUUGCAUGGCACUUGUUGUCGAAUUAGAACAAACGUAUGAUGUAAAACAUACCAAAUGUGCAGUGUGGGGGACUGCAAAAUGCUGGAUUACAGGAAGAUCAGGUAAUGUGCAUUCACGCAUCGGAUGCAAAUGGCUGUCCCAUUUCAGUUCUGGAGGGCCUCUGUCUUGAACGAUUGAGCUUUUUAGUUCAGUUAAAGACACCUUAGCUAAUUAUGGCUCGUUUCCACUGAGUGGUACAGGUUAGUACAGUACAGGUUAGUACGGGUCACCUUUAUCAGGCUUGCGUUUCCACUGCUGAAAGGGUACCAACGGUACUCUUUUGGUGGGCGUGGUGUAUGACAAAGUUUCAGAUGACGUCAUUUUCGCUCUGGAAAAUGUCUACAGUAAAGCUGUACAGGUCGCUCACAUAUCAUAUGAGAAGCUCUUCUCACAAAACAGAUGCUUUACA